AUGGGCACCUCCGACGGGCUUGCGACACCUGCUGUACGUCCCGUCGACGACAAUGGCUCCGAUAUCAUCCAGGUCCAGAAUGCGGAUGAAUUGCGCCUGGCUCAGAUGGGUCACAAACAGGAGUUGAAGCGUCACUUUUCCAUCUGGAGUUUGAUCGGUCUGGCGGCGAAUUGUACUAUUUCCUGGACCGGUCUCGGCCUUGGCCUGAUUACCGCCAUCAAUGCUGGUGGUCCCGGUGCUCGUAUGACCCAUCCUAACCCCCUUUCCCUGUACUACAACACAACUGAGGUUCUGACGACUCAAGUGAUCUAUGGAUUCAUUCUUGUUUUCAUUCUUCAGUGUUUUCUAGGGACCUCCCUUGCAGAAUUCGUCUCGGCCUAUCCUGUUGAAGGUGGAAUGUACCAUUGGAUCGCGGCGAUUGCUCCCAAGCGCUACAACAGCGUUCUGAGCUUCGCAACGGGCUGGAGUACCGUGUUCGGAUGGAUUUUUACUACGGCCUCUACAAACUUGAUCUAUGCAUCUACUUUCAUGGGCCUUAUCACGUUGUACAAGACCGAUAUUGUACUUCAGCCCUGGAUGACCUUCGUCGCAUAUCAAGGGUUCAAUAUCCUCACAGCAAGCGUUAUCAUGUUUGGGAAUCGGUAUCUUCCAUUGAUUAACAAAUUCUCCUUGGUCUAUCUUCAAUUGGCCUGGUUCGUCACCAUGGUCACAGUUGCUGCUGCUGCCCCAUCCCACAACGAUAGCAAAUUUGUUUUUCGCACUUGGAUGAACGAGACUGGCUGGGGAAACAACGUUGUUUGCUUUAUUACGGGUCUGGUGAAUCCGCUUUACUCUCUUGGUGGACUAGAUGGAAUCACGCAUAUCACGGAGGAGAUGCCAAACCCUGGGAAAAAUGCCCCAAUAGCUCUAGCUUGCACCCUCUCCAUAGCGUUUGUCACCGGCCUGUCUUACCUCCUCAGUCUUAUGUUCUCCGUGCAAGACUAUGGAAGUCUGGCAGAUAGUCCAACAGGUUUACCGUUGGCAGAGAUCUUUCGUCAAGCAACUCAGACCCGUGGUGGUGCUUUCGCCCUCGUCUUUCUUAUUUGGGUGGCGCUAGGCCCAUGCAUGCUUGGAGCUCAGCUCAGUACCGGAAGAAUGUUUUGGGCUUUUUCUCGAGACGACGGUCUACCCUUCUCUAGAGUCUGGGCUAAGGUUAAUCCACGUCUGGGCGCUCCGUUUAACGCUCAGCUGUGUGUGGCUGUCAUUGUGGCGCUUCUGGGCUGUAUUUAUCUUGGAUCAACUACGGCAUUCAAUGCCAUGAUGAGUUCCGCGGUAACAAUCAACAACAUUGCAUAUCUGAUUCCUAUUCUGACCAAUGUCAUCCUGGGUCGUAAAACAAUGCACAGAGGUCCCUUUUUCUUGGGCCCUGCUGCUGGCAUGGCGGUCAAUAUCGUCACCAUUGCCUGGCUGGUUUUUGCUAUUGUUUUCUUUUCUUUCCCGUUUUACAUGCCAGUAACAGCGUCGAACAUGAACUACACCUGUGCAUGUGUUGGAGGGUUCAUACUCAUCGAGCUCAUGUGGUGGCUCGUCGCCGGGAAGAGCUACUCCAAGAGUAUGCAAAAGGCAAGGGAGGAAGAGCAGAAUGCUGCACGAGCUGUGCUGGUCGGCCCAGAAAGCAAAGACUAG